CUGUUUAUUCACUCCCCAACCAAAACACACCCCCUCACCCUCACCACUCCUCUCAGGGGCCACCUCCUCACAACAAUCCCCUCAACCCCAUCCCAAACCACCACAAUGCUCAGCCCAACCCUCCUCCUCCUCCCCCUCUCCACCCUCCUCCCCCUCGCCCUCAGCACCCCCGACUUCUCCAAAUGGGCGCCCCCAGGCCCAACCGACGUGCGCGGGCCCUGCCCAGCCCUCAACUCGCUCGCCAACCACGGCUUCAUCAACCACACAGGCCGCAACCUGACCGUCGCCGACGUCGCAGCCGCCAACGAGGCCGUCUUCAACCUCUCCCCCGAGCUCGCCUCGACGGUCGCGCGCAUCGGCUUCGAAGUCAAGCCCGAGCCGCGCAACGGCUUCUUCGACCUGCCCGACCUGAACCGGCACAACGCCUUUGAGCACGACGCCUCGCUGUCCCGCGACGACUACGACGACGAGGGCGUCGGCGCGGCCAACGUGGCAAGGUUCAGUCAGCGGCAGUUUGACGAGUGGUUCGCGCACUUUGACGGGCUGGACUAUAUCGAGAAUAAGGUUGCGGCCAAGGCGCGGUAUCAUAUGGUGCAGCGCAGUCGGGCGCGCAAUCCGGCGUUUACGUAUGAGGUGCUGCAUCAGACGAUUAGCUAUAGUGAGACGGUCAAGUUUAUGCGUGCUAUGGUUGAUGGGACGGGGAAGACGAAGACGGAGUUUGUGCGGAUUUUGUUUGAGCAGGAGAGAUUGCCAUAUAAUGAGGGCUGGAGGCCUCCGGUCGACAUGCUGAACGGGUUCCUGCUCGGUGCUGGGGCGCUGGAACUCUCGCUCUCGACUCCUGAGAAGGCGCUGUAUCUGGACGAGGUGCCGCCCGAGGGCCAGGAGCACCAGACGACGUUUGACGUGCCUGUUUGCUACGGCACGGAUAACCCAGACUCGACUACGACUAGGAGGCAUGUCCGGGAUUUCAAUCAGCUUUCUUAGUGGCCCAAGGCCGCGAGGUGUGAAAUUGUUCGUCAAACGGGGUGUUUCUCGGUCCGGUGGUGUGGGUAGAAUGAUGUUGUCUUGCAGCUUUUCUGCUUAUUUCGGUUCGAUAUAAAUAUAUUUGAUGAAUUUACUCGAGAUCUGGG